ACUGGGUUUGGAUCCAUUACACACCGAGACUGGGCCGUCAGGGCCUGAUCCACUUGUGAUCCGGCCCAACAAAUUUCACCUGAAAUCUCACCGGCCUGGUUUGCGCUCCCCACUGGAGUGGUGUUUUUGGGCUUUCGUCUUUUGUAGACUCAGAGAUUGCUCGGACGUAAAUGGGCGGCGGCGGCCGAGGUCGGAGCGGUAGUUGCAGCAGUAGCAGCAGUGGGGAGGAAGAUGGUGACGCCGAUUGGAAAGCAGCCAUUGAUUCCGUUGCUGCUACCACUUUUGGUUGUUCUCUUGCAAAUGGAUUCACCGCUCCUUCCAACGACUCACGCCUUGACCACUCAAACCCUUCUACAAAAGAAGAUCGAGAGAACAAGCUGAACCAUCCAAAGCCCAAGCCUCAUCAGAAUAAGGCACAGAAGCUUUUGGAUGACAUCUUAGAGAAAACCAUAGAGAUAGUGAGACAUCCCAUUCAUGGUUCGGAUGAUGAUCCUGCAGUAAAUGAAGGUGGAAUCAAAUUAUUUAAACAUUCUCCGCUUGGGAUAGUGUUUGAUCACAUGGAUGAACUUCAAGGACCAAAGAAAAGACCAAGACUCCUUCCUGGGGAAAAGAUUGACGAGAAAUCAAAGAAGUUUAAACAGCGACUUGAAUCUGUUGCUGUUGACGGAAUAGAUAUUGUGGCUGCAGCGAGAGAUGCAUGCAAGAAAUCAUUGGCUAGACUAGAGGCUAGAGAUGCAGCCGCAAAAGCAGCAGCCAAGAAGGAAGAAGAAAGAGUUGCAGAGCUGAAAAGAAUUAGGGGGGAGCAAUGGUUGCCUUCUAUUGCCAGAGAAAUGGGGAUAAACCUUUGAAGUUGAAAAUAAUUUUAUGCUCAAAAGAAUUACUGCUCUUCCAUUUUCUGUUGUUAUUUGCAUUAUGUUUGAUCCAUUCAAUGAUCUUUAACAUUUUGUUGACCAAUCUCUGAAUUCUUUGUAUCACAAAAUCUUGACAUAUUCAAUGACAUACAAGCGAAUCUAUGUAGUAAUUUGUUUA